AUGCGGAUGAAAAGGGUUAGUUUUUUGCACAAACGCAUCUAACUUAAAAAAGAGUACUCUUCAGGAAAAUGAUAGAUUCGAUUUCAUGGUAUAUCUGUCCGAUGAUCAACUGAUAAUUACAAACAGUUAGUGAUUGACCCGUGUUAGUGAUUGAACCCACAGAAAUUUAAAUAUUUCAGUGCAUCCAGUUUGGGACAAAUAUAAUUUUCUAGCCAUCGACCACAUGGAAGAAAUGGAUUUCAAUGUUAACGGUGAGAAAAUUAAUAAAAUCUCUAAAAAUAAACUAUCACCGGGGUUCAUAAAAAAUUGGUAGCGCAGAAUAACUGCAACGAGCUAUAAAACGAUACCUAGCCAUAACUCUCCCAUAGCAAAAGACACCCUUGAUGCUCAUGUGGUAACUGGAAAUUUCAAAAAAUCCAUUUUCACUUUAAAAAGCAAUGGCAAGACAAAUCUCUUCCCUUCGCGCACAGAUUAUCGAAAACACAGUCCGUGAUGUGACAUCUGAACGGGAUUGCCUCUACUACAGACAUCUUCUGGACAACUGGAGUGAAGACGUAACAAUUGAUAUCCUCUUUUCCGUAUCGUUGAAACCAGCCUCCUUCACUGGAUGA